UAUCGAUCUCGACCUUGACUAUAUCAAUCUCAAUGAUGAAUCCAAAGACUCAGUACAAUUCUUUAUUAGCUAUUGCAUCGUCAAAUGAUAAGAAGCAAGAGAUAUGCCUUGUGGAACUUAAGAAAAUAAAGGCACUUAAAGAAGCAGAUGAUAGAAUAAAGGAAUCUCAGGACUGUAAUAAGGAGCGAGAAGAGAGGGCUAAACGGAGAUAUGAAUAUGAGCAAUCCAGGAAAGAAGGAGGAGGAAAAACGGGGGGAAUAGAGGGAAUAGAAGGGGAUUUAUUAAAAAUGAAGAAAGAAAUAAAAACAAAUAAGAAAGAAACAGUAGAAAAAAAAGGCAGAUCUAUGUCUUUUAAAGAAUUGAUUUCGAAAACGUCUAAUAUGAAUCCAGAGAUUUUGAAGAUGAAUUCAAUUUCAAAAAUAAAUACAGGAACAGAGGGAGAAACAUCAUCAGGAUCAAGGAUAGAUAAAAAGGAAGAGGAAUGUUGUAAAAUUUUAGGGAAAAAGGAACAAAAUUUUCUUUUGAAGCCAGAGAUGGGCUCAAAACCAUUUCAAAUACGUAAACAGUCUACAACGUUUACUAAAGUGCCUUUAGUAAAAAAAAAUGAAUUGUUAUCGAAAAGAAAGGGAUCAAUUUCAUUAACAUCGAAGUUUUCUACAAAUAAAGGGAAAAAGAAUAAUUUUUUGGCACCUUUAAGGUCUAAAAAUCUUACAAAAUCAAAAAUUAUAACAGAAUUCCAUCCUAAUGAUUUGAUUCUUCUUCAUACAGGACCUAAACGUGAUUGUCGUACAAUUGAAGAGAUUCAAAAUAGCAUAUGGAGAAGAAAGAAGAAAAAUUUUCCUUUUCUUUAUAAGAAUGAACAGGAAACGAAUAGUUCAAGUGGAAUUCCAUCAAAAAAUGGGGAAUCUGGAAAUAUUUUAUCUCAAAAUUCCUCUUCUGCAAAACAAGAUAUAAAUUAUAAAAAGGCUAAACCAGAUUCAUCUCAAAGCAACAAAAAAUUAGACUACAACAUAUCAUCUGAAAUAUGGAAAAUUUUUGGUAAAAGAAAAGAAGAUUAUAUGUCAAAUAAUUACGAUUCUGACUCUGAUAUGGAGACAAGUGCAACUCAAUUACAAAAAGAAGAAGAAUUCUCUUCAAAAAUAGGGAAAAUUGAAGAUAAUGAAGAAAAAAGAAAAGAAAUUGAAAGAAAAAUUAAGAAAAAAAGAAAACUCAAUAUGUCAUAAUCAUUUUAUAUCUUCUUCACAAUUAUAUUCUUUCUUUUUCUUAU